AUGGCCCCGAAAGAGGACAUGUUGCCCCCGGGCUGGGAGGAUCCAAACAGGCAAAUGGGCCAGCUCUUUAUGAUGGGCUUUGAUGGAACCUCAGUUAGCCAAGAGAUUCGAUCUUUGAUUGAAGAUUAUCACUUAGGUUCCAUCCUCCUAUCAGCCAAGAAUCUUAAAUCCGCUGAGGAGACCACAAGGUUGGUCCUUGAAUUGCAAACUAUUGCCCACAAUGCUGGACAUCCAGUGCCAUUACUCAUCGCCUUAGAUCAAGAGAAUGGUGGUGUCAACAGUUUAUAUGAUGAGAUAUACAUCCGACAGUUCCCUAGUGCCAUGGGAAUGGCGGCUACUGGAUCCAAGUCAUUGAUCCAUGAGGUCGCAGUGGCAACAGCACAGGAGCUGAAGGCCGUUGGAAUCAAUUGGAUUCUUGGCCCGGUCCUAGAUGUAUUGACUAAUAUACGCAAUCAACCCCUCGGCGUUCGCACCUCGGGUGAUGACCCUCAAGAAGCAUCACAGUACGGUGUGCAAUUCAUGAAAGGGUAUCAAGAAGCAGGACUCGUCACUUGCGGCAAACACUUUCCAUCUUACGGCAACUUGGAAUUUUUGGGUUCGCAUAGCGAUGUCCCCAUCAUUACAGAUUCUCUGGAGCAACUCAGUCUAACCGCUUUGGUACCUUUCCGUAAUGCCAUAGCACAUGGCCUUGAUGCUAUGAUGGUUGGCGGGGUUUCCAUGUCUUCCGCAGGUAUGAAUGUCAUGCAUGCUUGUCUGAGUGAACAAGUGGUGGAUGACCUCCUUCGAAAAGACCUCAAGUUCCAGGGGGUCGUUGUGUCAGAGUGCUUGGAGAUGGAAGCUCUGACACACAAUAUUGGAGUCGGAGGUGGAACGGUAAUGGCAAAAAGUGCAGGCUGUGAUGUAAUUCUAUUAUGUCGGUCGUUCCCAGUACAGCAAGAGGCAAUCAAUGGGCUGGAAUUGGGUGUGGAAAAUGGCAUCAUCGGUCGUCCUCGGAUUGAACAGUCUUUGCGCCGUGUCUUGAAUCUGAAAGCACGGUGUACUUCUUGGGAACAGGCCCUCAACCCUCCUGGCGUCCCCUCCUUGGCUCAGAUGCAGCCAUCUCACACCAACCUCUCUACCCGCGCAUAUAACAACUCAAUUACAGUAAUGCGAGACAAAUACAACAUUCUUCCCCUAUCAAAUGUGGUGAAUGCUGGCGAUGAGCUUUUGCUCCUGACUCCUCUGGUCAGACCACUUGCAGCUUCUGCUUUCACCCGGAAUGCUGAAUCCCUGCAUGAGUCCAUGCAUGACUCCUUCGACUCUGAAUCAGAAGUGGAUAGAUCUGCCUCGGUGAUGAGCGGGGAGGUCGUUUUCAAGGAAUUGGGAAGAUCACUUUCACGACAAAGAAAUGGACGAGUCCUACAUACUUCAUACACAUCUAAUGGAGUGCGCCCGAUCCACGAAGACCUGAUCAAACGGGCAAGUGCGGUGAUUGUGGUCACAGCGGAUGGAUAUCGCAAUCUAUAUCAACAAGCAUUCUCGAAGCAUGUCUCGUUGAUCUGUCAAUCGCAAUACUCUUCAUCUGGUGAAUGCCGUGGGAAGCCCAUGGCAGUAGUCGCUGUCAGCUCUCCAUAUGACUUCGCGAUGGAUCCCUCAAUUGGUACAUAUAUAUGCACAUAUGAUUUUACAGAAACGGCACUCCAGGCGUUGGUCAAGGUACUAUAUGGUGAAUUCACCCCCACAGGGUCCUUGCCUGGAUCGGUCAAUCGCAGUCAGAAAAUUCAUCAUCUAUCACGGCAGCAUUGGCUUGUGGAGAAUUGGAAUACAGAUCGCGACUCCCAUGCUUUAGAUGUAUUGCUGAACGCCGUGCGUGAGGACUGUGUUCAAGGUCGGCAUUCUGAACUCACGGGUGCCACCUCAAACAGCUUCCUCUUGCGAAAUGAGGAUAUUGAUGAAGCGCACUUUGUUGUUCGUAACAGCAGCACCCACGCUCUCUACGGAUUUUGCGCAACCUAUUUCUUCCGAUCCACUGGUACGGGUGUUAUUGGCUGUCUGAUCGUGGACCCUGCUCGAAGAAAACUUUCUAUUGGACAUUCGCUUCACGAUCGUGGCAUUCGCACCUUGCUUCAACGAAACAACAUGAAACGAUUCCAACUUGGAUCACGUCUUCCCGGCAUAUACCUCGGCAUUCCGACUGCGAAUCCCGUGGAGUGCAAGCAAUUACGGCAAUGGUUCGCAAAUUUGGGCUGGAACACGGCUCUCUCGCGCCCCGUUUCCAGUGUGGUGCUGCACAAUUUGGCCACCUGGACACCACCGGAUGGUCUCACAGCCACAUUGCAGAAUGCCGAUGUGAUCUACGAUCUGGUUUACGGGUGGGACUUCUCUCGGACGAUCCUCGACCACAUCAAAACCAAUGCUCGUCAAGGAGUAACCGACAUAUAUCGCAUUGCGCUGGGCGGAGCGCCGAAUUGCGGCAUUAUCCGGGCGAAAAGAGCUUUGGAUGAUAUGAUUCUCGGAAGCAUUGUGAUAUACAAUGAAAGAUCGGCAUUGGCCGAACACAUGCCCGCCUUACGCGCCACCCAGAAUCCGGUCGGAGGUAUCUCAUCCCCCGUCAUCGCCCCAUGUGUGGAUGACUACUCCACUAUCAUGCAAGGUUUGAUCCUGCUGGCUAUCAAGCAGAUCCGUAAGCUGAAUGCGCAUGCGGUGGUGAUGGAUUGCGUUGAUAGUGAUGGCAACUUUGAAUGUCUCUCAUCUAUGGGUUUCAGCAUGUUGCAUAACUUUGAAGAAGUGAAUUGCGAUGCAGCGACUUGGAUGAUGCACCCAUCAUAG